AUGAUUACUUGUUUGGAAGGUGAUAAAAACAACAUUGCACAAAGAUGGAAGGUUCUUAGUGGAGAGGACAAUUGGACGAGUUUACUCGACCCUUUAGACAUAGACCUUCGUCGAUACAUAAUUCACUACGGAGAGAUGGCCCAAGCAACCUACGACACUUUUAACUCGCAGAAGGUCUCCGAACACGUAGGGCACAGUCUGUAUGCAUCAAAUGACCUUUUUCGAAUGGUCGGUUUAGAAAAAGGAAAUCCUUUCAAGUACAAAGUAACAAAGUAUUUGUACGCUACAUCUUCGGGGAAAAUGAGAGACAAGUUCUUUUUUCAGACAACUUCGAGAAAGGAGAGUCACAAGGAAACAAAUUGGAUAGGGUUUGUAGCUGUAGCCACGAAUAAAGGGAAACUCGCGUUAGGGAGAAGAGAUAUUGUGAUUGCGUGGAGAGGAACUGUUGAGGAAACCGAAUGGGUCAAGGAUUUAGAAUUCAAAUUGGUACCGGCAUCAAUUGUGCGUGGUGAGCAAUUUAGCCCAAGGGUGCACCAUGGUUGGUACUCCAUGUACACAUCGGUAAACUCUCUAUCGUCGUAUAGUUGCACUUCUGCAAGAAACCAGGUUAUCGAUGAAGUCAAGAGGCUAAUGGAAGAAUUCAAGCAUGAAGAGACAAGUAUAACAAUAGUUGGUCAUAGCUUGGGAGCAGCAUUAGCAACCCUAAACGCAGCCGACAUUGUCUCCAACGAACUAAACAAACCAAAUUCCAACUCGACCAAGGCUUGCCUAGUGACGGCCAUCACAUUCGCGAGUCCAAGAGUUGGUGAUUCGUCGUUUAAAGAACUAUGUCAUAGCCUAACUCACCUUCGGGUCCUAAGGAUACGCAAUUCCUUAGAUGUGGUCCCUCAUUAUCCAUUAACGGGUUACCAUGACGUAGGAAAAGAACUCACAAUAAAAACGAGCAAAUCAAAAUACCUAAAAGCACCCGGAAACCUAUUGACUUGGCAUAACUUGGAGGCAUAUUUACAUGGAGUUGCUGGAACACAAGGAGUUAAAGGAGGAUUCGAGUUAGUUGUUAAACGCGACAUAGCGUUGGUUAACAAACAUAUGAACGCGUUGAAGGAGGAAUAUAGGGUUCCGGGUUAUUGGAAGUGUGAUAGAAACAAGGGUAUGGUUCAACUUAAGGAUGGAUCAUGGAAGCUUAUGGAUCGAAAUAUCAGCUUUUUUCAUGGUUUCUACUAA